AGGGGGAAAUAUGCCCGGCUUGAAGGUAAAACCAAAACGUAAUUACAUAAAUGUGACAGAUGUCUCUCACCACUGCAUGCUGUGUUAAGAGCUAGGUUUUAGGAUACAAAUCUGUAGAAGAAAAGAACUAGGGAUGUUGAACUGUUCCUGCUGUGUUUUGAGCAUUUGUAAGGCAUAGUGCCCUAUGUCUAUUUCAAAUAAAAAGCAGACCUAAUUCAGUCGUCUUGACCUUGAUGACACAAUAGCCGCCACAAGAAGUACACUGUCAGAAAAACAAGGAACUUGUCUCAAUGCAAAUGUGUGAGUCUAUUAAAAUAUGAAGGUGAAAUUUAUAAAGAUUAAUUAGAUGUCUUAACUACAGAUACAUAAUUAAUCUAAAUUGUCUUCAUCCCUUGUCUGCACUUGUUUGAUAGUAUGUUUUGGUCAUUAGUCAUUCUUUUGACAUUUAUGUAAAUGCUAUACAUUGCUUUGGGCAUCAUUGCCAUCACUACUACAAAUGGACACAUCACUAGAGAUCACUUAGUGUUUUUUCUGGGAAAUUCUGGUGUAAAUAAACACUUUAUUAACUUGCGUGAAUCAAGUGUGACAAAUAGAAAAACAGAAUUGUUUGUUAGAACCUGUGGUGCAUUGUUGAUGCAGUACUGGUAAAUGGAAAUGUGAAAAAGACAUUUGCACAUUUGCUGGAACUUCUCUUUUCUGAGAAAGGAAGUACAUGUCUUAUCUUGACUUUUUCUCAAAAUAUUACCACAAAAGUAUACAUUUAUUCUAAUAGGUAGCUGUUGCUAUGCAAUGUUGUGCAACAUAUGCACUGUAUCAAAGGAAGCACCUUUUCUUUUUGUUCCUAUUCAGGAGCUACAUAGACUGCCAAACCGCUUGUUGUCAUUUUGUACUCUCUCCUUGCAAUAAUAACACAUACAAAAUCAUUGACUCAGAUCUUUAAAUUAUAAAAACAAAUAUCCACAGCAGCACGUCGACUGAGGUGAGUCAGUCAUAAUAUGCAAUGAUCUUUGGUUUUGUUUGUGUUUUAAUGUUGUAAUGUUGUGUUGACAGGUUAACAAUGGCAACAUUGAUGUCAGUGUGGGCGGUGGCUAUCGUGGUUUAUGGAGCCUCUUUAGGAAUGACACAGGCUUCAGGCGGCGGGUUCUUACUUGACAUGGCUGAGGAUGCUGUUGACGACAUGUACGAGGGCUGCAGAGACAAGAUGGAGUGCAAAGUGCGGAAGGACUAUCUACUGCAGGAGAGGCAUCAAGACAAAAACCUUAGACUGGCCUGGGCUGAAGCUGAGGAUUACUACAGGAAGAUAUGGGGCCGUAAGAUGUCCAGAAGACGCUCCAAUGCACUGGGGAAAGAACAAAUCAUGGCCAUUUAUAUUUACUCCCUUGACAAACCUCCAGUCUACUUAGAUUUCAAUACUGAAGUGCGAAGCCAGAGGUCCGAGUACAAGACCACAUUCAGAUAUCACACUCUACACUUCUUUCUGACGGAUGCCAUUGAAAAGCUGAGGUUACGUCGGACUGCAGCAGAAAAAUGCCUGACCAUCUUCCGUAGAGCGAAUGCUUUCUUCCAUCAAAAAGCCAACACAAUAAUCCGCUUUGGUUCUUUCACGUCUGGCGCAAUGGGUCAGUACCUGAAAGCUGAAAAAUACGGAAACAAAACGUGCUUUGAGGUGACCACAUGCUUUGGGGCAGAUAUCUCCCUCUACUCUAAGCUCGGAGAGUCUGAGAGGGAGGUCUUAAUUCCUCCCUACGAGCUUUUCAAGGUGACCAAGAUAGAAAGAAGCACUCCCAAGAUGAAACUUCCCUGUGAGGUGGUUUAUAAACUAAAAAGUAUGGAACGAACACUCUCCAAUUUAAAUUGUGCUCUCUUUUGAAACUGGAAAACGUUUGAUUUUUGAGUACAAACAAUUUCAUGCUUACAGCUAAUUGUUUCUUACUCUUGCUUAGUGUGGCACUGAAAAUAAACAAAAGGAUAAAAGUUAUGUUUCAAAAAAGCUUGAAUGUUACAAGAUACCACACUCAAGACACACCUGAACAGGACAAUCAGGCGAAUAUCAAUUAAUUGUUCUACUUCAGCCAAUGUUUUUUUUUCUAACAUGUAGGUAGAUAGUGCAGAAAGGAAGGUAUUAGUAGGUGAGGUUCAUGACUGGUGAAUAGGGGCGGAGUGUCCUCCAUAGAUCAAGACUUUGCAAAUGAACAAGUAUGGUUGUCAUCCAAUGAAAAGGUGAAACGCAUUUGCAUGCAUCUGUCUUUAUAUCUAUUGUGUUAUUGUAAUGAUGAAUUGUCUUGGCCGACAAAGACCAUCUCAUCCAGCAGAGGGCAGUAGAAAGCACAUCAUUGCUAUUUGCUUUUUUAAUAAGUUGUGUACAGCACUAUGAUGUAAUGAAAAUAAAUGUAUUUCAAACUUCCACUCCUUUAAUCAGUUCAAUUUCUGCUUUAA